CUCCACUUGCAUCUCUUCCUCUCUCAUGUCAGCCUCCCCUCCCUCCGCUGAACUCUCUGCCCGCGCCCGCGGCGGCAUGGUCGGCCUCGCCGUGUGCGACGCCCUCGGUACCUCGGUCGAGUUCUGCGCCCGCGGCUCCUUCCCGCCCGUCACCGAUCUCCGCGGCGGCGGCCCGUUUGAUCUCCUUCCAGGCCAGUACACCGACGACACGGCUAUGGCUCUUGCCUCGGCCUUUGUCCUACUCGACUCCGGGUGGCGGUCUGAUCCUCACCAUGCUGCCGCUCUCCUCGAUGCCUACGCCGAGUGGUGGCGGAGCGGCCACUGGUCUCCCAACGCCCGCUGCUUCGACAUCGGACGCACCGUCUCGGCCGCGCUACGGGUCUAUGCUGGUCACGCCGAUGAUUUAUCUUCUCGCGAUGCUUGGCUCGCCCGCGCUAUGGCUGGUGAUGCCGACGACGACCGCAGAUCGGGCAACGGGUCGCUGAUGAAGGUGCUGCCGCAUCUGCUAGCCUCGGCUGCUGCCGUUGCGACCGCGCCCGACCCGGCCACUGCCGCCACACGGGUCAUCGCUGCCGCCGUUGACGCCUCGCGACUCACCCACCCGUCCGCCAUCGCCUCUGACUGUAUCUCCAUUUACGGCAUGAUGGUGUUUGGCGCCCUGCUCGGCUACGAGACCGACGCGGCGGCGCUGAUGCCGGACGCCGACGGCACGCCGUACACCCUGCCGGGCCUCGACCCGUCCAAAGUUUGGGCCUCGCUCUGCGAACCAGUCCGCAGCAUGCUUGCGACACGCGCAUAUGCCACGGCUAUGCCCGACGAGUCUGGCGAUCCCGGCGAGGCCAUCACAGCCUCCGGCUACGUCCUCAAAUCGCUCGAGGCCGCCAUGUGGGCGCUCAACCAUGCCAACGGCUCGUUUGAGCGAGGUGCGACGCUCGCUGUCAACCUUGGCGAUGACGCCGACACUGUCGGUGCCAUCUAUGGCGCACUGGCCGGAACGCUCUUUGGCGAGGCUGCUAUUCCCGAGUCCUGGCGCAGCGAGCUGGCACACGCCGCGCUCCUCGCUGCAGUUGGCGAGUGGCUUGUGGCCAUGCCGUCGCUCGACGCCGACGUGGGCGCUCUGACAUCAGAAAAUGCCGGUGCCACCGCUGCCGAUGCGCUCCUCCGCGUCGUCGAGUCCGGAUACCAUGCUAUCUACAACAAGUUCUCGCCUGGCCCCGGCCCGCCGUGCGUGUGGCCGGGCGGAUACCCGUCGACCGACGCCAUGCAGACUGACGUCGACGCCAAGUUAACGGCUGCAUUUGCGGCAGCUGCCGAUGCCGAGCCUGGGUACGACUCGGGAGUCCACGACUGCAUCCUGGCCACAUUUUCCAAGCAGGCCGCGGCCGACAAGGCGAUUCUGGAACGUGCACUGCGCGCGCGCCCAGCUCGCACCUCGCUGCUUGGCGCCAUCAAGCUGGCCAAGUCGAGUUGAACUUGCUUGAUGGCUACUUGUGCUUGGCCCGUUUCAAGUUGGCGUGGCUCUCCGCGUCGUCGCGGCGCCGCUUGCCCGGACUUGACCCGGCGUCGCUCGGUGCGGGCGACGGAAAGUCACCAGGAAUGCCAGAGACACCACUCACACCACCGAGGAGCUGGCGGGUGAGCGGGCCCAUGGCAGACGAGCUUGGGAGCGCGAGCGACGGCGUGACGCCAAGGCUUGGCGAGGUGCCAGAUGCCGACGCAACGGAGGCCGACUGUGAACGCGAGCGGCCUGUAGAGCUGCCGAGAUUGAGCUUGAGAUUCUUUUUGUACCUCGCGGUGGGCGUAGUCGAAUCGUGUCGGCCUGCCGCAGCCUGCGGCGUUGUCCCACCCGACGGUGGCGGAUGCGCCUCAACCUGGGGCACGUUGACCGAUGGCCGCUGCGGCGAUGCCUGAGCGGCGGUGGCCUGCCCCACCGGGUCACGGACCGAGAUCAUGGCGUAGGAUGGGUCUGUCGGCUCGCCGGCUGGAGGCGCGGGGUCGAGGAUGCCGACUGCCAUGUUGCUGAUAGUCUGCAGCUGCGCGCGAGUCCGCGGGGUAAAGAUGUUGUCAUCACCGGG